AUGAAGUCCGGUUGGGCUGCAGUUGUUGUCGGACUGGGGGUGGUGCUGAUGCUCCUGACGCAGAGCGCGGACCCGCUCCAUCUGAGCCGGGAGGACCUCGCGGGGCUCCGCGCCGCAUCGCAGCGGCUUGUCCUGUGCGUCGUGGCCGGAGUGUCCCUCCUGGCCGCGGGCUGGCUGUACCGGCUGCUCUUCCAUCCCCUGGAGCUGCUCCGAGCCCCGGAGGAUGUUGGAUACAUCGCAGAGGGCGGUCGCUCCAAGGCGCAGGCGGCGAACGAGGUGCGCCGGAGGAGGAAGGUGGGAGAGCUGCCUCCGGUCUACCCCAACGGAUGGUACCGGGUUCUGGACUCCCACAGCCUGAGCAGAGGGGAGGUCAAAAAUGUUUCCAUUCUAGGUGACCAGCUGGCGGUGUUUCGGGGUCAGGACGGGACGGCCUACGUCCUGGACGCCUACUGUCCCCACCUGGGGUCCAACCUGGCUGUUGGAGGACGGGUGAUGGGGAACUGUAUCGAAUGUCCGUUUCAUGGAUGGCAGUUUCGAGGGAGCGAUGGCAAAUGUGAGAAGAUCCCUUAUACAGAAAAAGUGCCAGAGUUAGCCAAGGUGCGCAGCUGGCCCAGCUGUGAGGUGAACCAGCAGAUCCUGGUCUGGUUUCACUGUGACGAAGCAGAACCGCAGUGGACCGUCCCCGAACAGGAGGAGAUCACAAAAGGCCAGUGGAUCUAUCGGGGCAAAACCGAGCAUUUCAUCAACGCUCACAUAGAGGAGAUUCCUGAAAACGCAGCCGACGUGGCUCACCUGGGUCACCUGCACAUCCCGGGCAUCGUCAGCGGCGCCGACCUGCGCUACCACUACAGCAAACUCUGGGACUUUGUGCGACACGGAUGGAAGGUUGAGUGGGCACCAGAGUCGGCGCCCAACAGUCAUUGCUCUACGAUGCAGGUGAACCACUCACUGACCGUGUUUGGGUUCCACUGGAGCCUGCUGGAUCUUCACGUCCGGGCCCGACAGGUGGGUCCAGGUUUGGUGUUCCUGCAGUUCGCACACAGUUACUUGGGCGGAGGUGUGAUCCUGCAGAGCGUGACGCCCGUGGAGCCUCUGCUGCAGUGUGUGACCCACACCAUGUUCUAUCAGGCCAACGUCCCGGCGCCGGUGCCCAAAUUCAUCCUGAAGGCCGAGAGCAUCCAGUUUGAGCGCGACGUGAUGAUCUGGAACAACAAGAAGUACGUCUCCAAACCUCUCCUGGUGAAGGAGGACUCCGCCAUCCUGAUGCACCGGCGCUGGUACAGCCAGUUCUACGGCCAGAACAGCCCGCGGCUGCAGCACCAACGGGACACUUUGGACUUCUGA